AUGCCACAACUACAGCCUGAUUAUUACACCACAGAGGCAGUAUCUUCAAAAUACACUCAACCGUCACUUAAAUUCAUCAAGAACAACAACAAUAAAACCUAUUUCAAAUAUAGGGCCAAGUUCACCAAAUUUAGAAAGAAUGCCAUAAUCAAACUUCGAAUCGUCAGCAGAACGGACAACAACAAACCAAAAUCCAAGAGUCCUUCUAGGAGUAGAUCAAGCAGCAACAGUACCAUUUUUGUUGAUGAUGUAUCCAAGAGUGAAGAUGAAUCUUGUUCUUGUUGUGAGAAAGUUCCCAAUUAUACUGUUACAACUACUGAAUGUUCACCACGAAUAUCUUUGGAUGAAUUACAGGAUUCGUUGGUGGAGAGCAAUGAUGAAAAGAGUGUUCAUUUACUGAUUGAAGACGAGAAAUGUGCACAAGUUGAUGAUACCACAUCCGUUUUGCCGUCUUCUCCGCCACCUCAAUAUAAAACCAUUGCAUCUUCUACCAAUGACCAACUUGAUACAUUGUCGAACACUGCUGAAACAGCAACGCAGACGCAUACACCACCUACUACUAAUCCACACCCUCCAACCCCUAUAAACCCAACUCAAAUCAAGUUCAAAUCACAACUAAACCAAUAUCUCGCCUCGUUACAAACCGAAGAAAUAUACCACACUGAACCAUACACAAGUUUGAAGAAAUAUAAUAAAACCACUAAUCAACAGUAUAGUCGAUACCAACUCACCAAUAUGGAGAAACAUCAAUGUAUCAAUUAUUAUUGGCUUUAUUUAGAUAUACGACAAAAUAACCUGUUGGUUAACUCGUUGUAUAUUAGUUGGUACAGUUGGAUGAGUGGAUUGAUUACGUUUAUGAUCAUUUAUGCAUUAUUUGCUGGUUUAACAUGA